AAUUUUUCAUUCCUUUUGCCCUAAAACCUCCAAAACUCACUAUGAAACCCUCUUAGCCCCACCAUCCCUUCCCCAAGAAAAACAAUGGCCCAUCUCCUCCUCAUCCUUCUCCUCUUCUCUACCUCGCCGGCGAUGGCGGGCACCGCCGCGCCGGCCGAUGCACAGGCAAUGCGGACCCUUGCGGCCAGCUUUGGCUCCGGCGCCGAAAAGCUCGGAUGGUCGUCGACGCUGGACCCUUGUGACUGGCCGCAUGUUAGCUGCGAUGGAAGCCGCGUCUCUGCAAUCCAGGUCGGUAAUCGUAGCCUUUCCGGCUCCCUCCCCGGCGAUGUCUUUCUCAACCUCACUGCUCUCAUUCGGCUUGAGCUUAUGGAGAAUAAUCUCUCUGGUCCGAUUCCCUCCCUCGCUGGCCUUUCCUCUCUUCAGGCCCUCCUUCUCCAUAACAACCAGUUCUCCUCCGUCCCUGCCGACUUCUUCUCUGGCUUGACCUCUCUUGUCUCUGUGGCUAUCGACAAUAACCCGUUUGCUGGUUGGACGAUUCCUCCGGCGAUUACUGAUGCUUCCGGGCUUGUUAACUUCUCGGCUAACUCUGCUAAUAUUACUGGUUCUGUGCCAACGUUCUUUGCCACCGAUUUCCCGAGCUUGAACCAUCUUUCUCUUGCGUAUAACUUCCUCUCUGGCCAUAUCCCGGAGAGCUUCGCCUCUGCCCCCAUUCGCUCCUUGUGGCUCAAUAGCCAGCAGGGAAUUGGAAGGCUUUCCGGUCCCAUUGAUCUUAUUCAGAACAUGACAUCUGUGGUUCAGCUUUGGUUGCAAUCCAACUCCUUCUCUGGCCCCAUACCGGAUGUCUCCUCCUUGGUUAACCUUCAGGACCUUCAGCUGCGGGAUAAUCAGCUCACUGGAAUCGUUCCCAUUUCCCUCACCUCUCUCAAAUCUCUCACUACUAUCACUUUGACGAACAAUUUGCUACAAGGGCCCGUGCCUGUGUUUACGAAGAAUGUAGCUACUGUGGAUGUGAAUCCCAAAACGGAAAGCUUCUGCCUUGAUGAGCCUGGUGAAUGUGAUGCGAGAGUCAAUGUCUUGUUGUCCAUUAUGAAGGAUUUUGGCUACCCUGUUCUGUUUGCUGAGAAUUGGAAAGGAAAUGACCCAUGCAAUGGGUGGAUGGGAAUCAGUUGUUUAGCAGGGAAUAUCACCGUUGUGAACUUUCAGAAUUUGGAUCUUAAAGGGACUAUAUCACCGGACUUUGCUUCAUUGCCUUCGCUGCAGAAGCUCUUGCUUGCGAAUAACAACAUUUCUGGAACUAUUCCCUCAUCAUUGACUAAUCUGGCAAUGCUGAGUCAGUUGGAUGUGUCCAACAAUGCACUUUGGGGCGAUGUCCCAAAGUUUGAUAGCCGUGUUUUUGUGAACACCAUGGGAAAUGUGAAUAUUGGGAAAGAUGUUCCUCCGCCACCAGCAGGUUCAAACCCUGCUCCGCGGCAAAAAGAUUCACCGGGUGGGAAUGCCGAGUCCUCAUCCUCCUCUUCUGUAGGAGUCAUUGUUGGCUCUGUGUGUGGCGGUGUAGGUGCUUUUGCUCUUAUUGGAGUAUUGGCUUUCUGUUAUUUUAAGAAAAGGGAAACCAGGUGUGGUAGAGUGCAGUACCCAAGCACAACAGUGGUACACCCACGACAUUCUGGUUCUGGUUCUGACAUGGUGAAGAUAUCCAUUGCUGACUCGGGAUUGAAUAGUGAGAGUGGGAAUAUGAGCCAUACUAGCAGUGGAACAGGUGAUCUGCAUGUAGUUGAGGCUGGGAACAUGGUGAUUUCUAUUCAAGUUCUGAGGACUGUGACUAACAACUUCAGUGAGGAGAAUGUCUUGGGUCGUGGAGGAUUUGGGACUGUGUAUAAGGGGGAGCUUCAUGAUGGCACCAAGAUUGCAGUGAAACGAAUGGAGUCUGGUGUAAUCGGAUCACAUGGUCUGAGUGAGUUCCAAUCUGAGAUUGCAGUCCUCACCAAGGUCCGCCACCGGCAUCUUGUUUCUCUGCUUGGGUACUGUUUGGACGGGAAUGAGAAAAUCCUUGUCUAUGAGUAUAUGCCCAAGGGGACACUAAGUGAGCAUCUUUUCAAUUGGAACACCAGUGGGCUGAGGCCCUUGGAAUGGAAGAAAAGAUUGACUAUUGCUUUGGAUGUAGCACGUGGUGUGGAAUAUCUACAUAGCCUGGCACACAAAAGCUUCAUCCACAGGGAUUUGAAACCAUCCAAUAUCCUACUCGGGGAUGAUAUGAGGGCGAAGGUUGCAGAUUUUGGACUUGUUCGGCUUGCACCUGAUGAUACAUGUGCUUCUGUUGCAACAAGGCUUGCUGGGACUUUUGGUUAUCUUGCUCCGGAGUGUGCAGUGACUGGGAGGAUCACAACCAAGACUGAUGUUUUCAGCUUUGGUGCAAUACUGAUGGAGUUAAUCACUGGUCGGAAAGCACUAGACGAAAGCCAGACGGAGGAAAAGAGGCACUUGGUGACUUGGUUCCGUAACUUGCAAUCGAACGAGGAAAAACUCUGGAAUGCCAUUGACCCAGCAAUUGAUCUGGGCAUGGAGAUAUUUCCAAGCGUGCUCAAAAUAGCUGAGUUGGCUUUCCAUUGUUGUGCAAACAAACCCCAUCAGAGGCCUGACAUGAGUCAUGUGGUCACUGUGCUGUCAUCCCUCACUGAGAUCUGGAAGCCAGCCAAUAGGCCCGAAGCUGAUUCCGAUGACAUCUGUGGCAUCGACCUUCAGACACCGUUACCCCAAGUAAUAAUGAAAUGGAAAGCUUCCUGUGACAGUAGCUCCCUGAUGGAUGGUGCCUCAUCUUCAUUCCUUUCAAGCACUGACGUCACUCAGACAAGCAUUCCCACAAGACCUACUGGUUUCGCCGAAUCCUUCACCUCUUCCGAUGGAAGAUGAAGCUAAGUCCUGCCCGGACAAUAUGAAAAGUUCAUCUUCUCAGCAGUACAGGUCUGUUUUGCAGCUUUCUCCAUCAACAUGAAUAUAGUAAUUUUCCAUAAGUUCAGAACCAUUUUAUGAUGUCGUUUUUAGUUUUUUUUUUUGCUAUAUAGAAGGCUAUAUAUCCUUUUAAUCAUUGUAAGGUUUGCAUUUGGGCAGUUUUACAUCAUUUUAAUCUUAGGAAAUAAUUUCUUUGUAGCUUUUUUUUCUCUUGGCAUAUUAUAUUGAGCUUUUUUGUGACUAUAUAUAUAUAUAGUGAAUGAUCUUAAUUGUAAUGACAAUCAACUUGCAAUCUGUCU